GUAAUCAAAAGCUGUGGAAAGCAGCAGGGGCCAAGCUGAGAGGGCUGCAUUAUACAAAGCAAAAAUAAGACGAGAAAUACAUAUUUUAAAGCAGGAAAUCAUGCCGGCUACAGUGUCUCUUGAUUCUGUUAAACCUCCUAUACACGAGCAAAUAGCGGAACUGCAGAAGAAGAUACAGCUUCUUGACGGGGAUCAAAAGGCCUUCCAAGAGCAGUCGGGAUGGACCAUCCAGAAGAAUGGGGAGACUAUACAAUGGCUGCGCCAGGAGAAUAAAAAGUUACAUCGGAAGCUAGCUGACGUGCUUGCGGGUGACGAGAAGGUGAUCAAGGAGGCUUUCCAGAGCCGAGCCGUGGAGAAAGCAGCCAUGAGGGGCAAAAGUGGGCAGGCGGCCAUCCAGGUGAUGGACCAACAGUUGUGUGACAAGGUGAAACGUCUGAAUGCUCUGCAUCAUCAGACCGAGAAGAGGAGGAAACAUCUGGAAGAGCUGCAGAAGCUAUACAAGCAAAAUGAAUUGGUGGAACAGGGAAAAACUGGGAAGGAAGAGGAGGCCUUGGAGGAUGAACAGAAUGAAGCCACAGAACAGGAGGAAAUUCCUCACCAGUCCCUUCGAGUUCUGGAGAACCGUCUUGAGAAAGCCCAGUUGAAGUGGCAGGAAUCGGAACAUAUUCAUAAUGUCUACCAGAAGCUCAAAGACCAUCUGCAGGAGGAGAGUUUGACUUUUCAAUCCCAACUUGAUCUCCUGGAGGCCGAGAUUCUAAAGCAGAGACAGGAGCUAAAAGAGCUUCAGGCAAUGAACAAGGGCGCAGUGAUGGCACGGGACACAGCUCGGUCUGAACUUCUGCGUCAGGAGGAAGAGCUUCAUCGGGAACGACGGGAGAGAGAUCGCAUCCUUCAGGAAUACAAGAGGCAGGCGGAGGAGAGGCGCAUGCAUGCUGAACGGGCGGAGAGGAGGGCUCAACGGGUAAUUCUGCAAGGGGACGAUGCUCCAGUGGAGACUCAGUUGGCCUCAAAUGGGCAAGAGGAAGAGAAAGUCAUUCAUACUUAUCAGGAGGCCUUCCAGAGGAUUAAGGAUGCCACGGGGGUUACUGACACUCAGGAGGUAGUAAGCCGCUUCAUAGCGCAGGGGGAAACCCACAGGCACCUGGAACAGCUAAAGAGUGAAAAUGAAAAGACUCUAGUAAGGCUGAAAGAUGAGAAGGAGAGGCUGCAGGACGCCUUCCAGGAACUCAAAUACUCAGGAGAGGCCAAACUGUCCAGUGGACAACAAGUUUUAGACGAUCUCCAGAUGCACCUACAGAUGGAAGAGAAGAAACGUGACACAUCCAAGGAAGACCUAGAUAGAAUGUCUAAGAUCCUGAGCUCAGCAAAAGCAGGAGUGGAGCAUCUCGCAAACAAAGUGCAGCACAUUAAGGUGCCAAGAAGUCACUAUCCUGCUCCUGAUCUGUCACCGCUAUCAGAUGAGUAUGUUCUAGAUCUUUUGUCCAUCACUGAAGAAAAGCUGCAGAAAUUGUUGGAGGAGUUGGAUGGCCAGGAUCUUGGAGAAGUCGUAAAACAGAUGGAGGAAGAGGAGUUUCAAGCCAGCAUUGAGGGCAAGCUCCCCGCGUACAAUGUGCGCAUCUCUUUGCCAGCUCCAGCCAAGCAGGAUAUAUACGAUGAUGAAGACAGUGGUGAUGAUGAAGGGGAUGUUGUGACUCGAGCAGCAUUAAAGAGGCAGUCACAGCAAAUCGUAGAAUCAAAGACCAAACGGCGCACCCGGCCUAAGAAGAAACGAGGAAAGCAGUAAAGGAAAAGGAAAGCAGAUCCUAGAAACACAGUUUCCCUGACAUUCUGCUAUCAACGACCUCCAUCAUCAUAUCACUCGAUCUUAGCAAGUCCAAUCCUUCUCAGUCCUUUUCUAACAACGUAAUCCUGUUCUCGUUAUACACUUCUACCUCCAAUUCUCUUCUACAGGUCCUCUUUAUGGUGGUUUCAUUCUUGCAGAACACAUUGCUUUCCUACAAGACUUUGCCCAAAUAUCCAUUCUUUUAAAAAUGUCUUAAACAACUACUGUCCUACUAACUGUGUAACUCUUCUCUUCCUACCUAUCUACUACAUCUUGCCACAUUGUGUCCUCCUACGAAACGUGCAUGGUCUGCUGCCGUUAACCUUUCAUUGUCUAUGUAGACAGGUUUAUCAAGAUUCAGGCUGAAGACACGACCAUCUUUUUCCCCUUUGCAUAUCUUUCAUAUUUCCUUUUUCAUAAUUAUACUCCAUUUAAUUACAUUUUACACUCUCUUAACCCAUUGUGAUAAUCUGUUUUACAUUUGCCCAAAAUUAUUCGUCAGAAUUUACAGAUUUGUAGUAAAUAAUAUUUUAUUGAAGAAGACACAUCACAUUUCAAGAUUCAAGCAACAAUAUAAGGCAUUUACUUUUUACAUUAUUUUUUUUAACUGGGUCUAAUAUAAAGCGUAGUGGCCAAUACCAGCAUCUUCUGUAUUAGUAUAAUAGAGCCACCACCAAUUACACGCUGAAGUAGUUUUCUGCACAAAAUGUCUCAUGAGAAAUAUGAAAAUCCCAGUGUGUGCUUGCAGGAAUAGAAACAGUUAAAAAAUAUGGAAAAGUAUUUUAGAGAGACACGGAAAGAGAUAUAAGUGAGGCGA